UCUCUCUCUCUCUCUCUCCGCUCCGCUUUUUUUUUCUCUGUCUGUCUCUGAGUCACUGAGUCGAAGAACUCGCUCCGCUCGGCGGCGGCGCUCGGCUAAGCUCCGGCUGGAGAACUGAGAUCUCUCAGCUUCAGCUCAUCUCUCCCUUCUCAGCUUCUUCCAUUCCAAUCUCCCGCCAUUUUCUUCCCCUCCCUCUCCCUCUGCAACUCUCAGCAGCACCCAUCUCUCUCUCUCUCUCUCUCUGCCUGCUUGCUUCUUCUGAAUUUUGGUGCCGGAGUUUAAGCUACCGGAGCAGAAGCUCUCCCGGUUGAGACCAUGAGUUGCCCUUUGACCGGCUGGUGGCUGCAACCAUUUCGAUUUCGCAUGAAUUUCCCGGCUUAUAUGCAUUGGAGUUGCUGGGUUUAUCUCUGCUAAGAUCACUGGGGGAACCAACCAGCGGCCACUGAUCAAAUGGACUGGAACGUGAAUAAUGCAUUCAAAACCUACAAAGAUAUGGAAACAAAAUCCGUUAUGGAUAUGACGCUUAUUCCAAGCAUUGAUCCAAUGGAAAUUGGGUUGGGCUCCUCCGAAAAGGGAAUUAGUGUUCCUCUCGCAAAACCAAGGAAGAAGACAAUGACAUCAGUCUAUCUCAAAUAUUUUGAGAUAGCUCCUGAUGGAAAAAGUCGAAGUUGCAAAUUUUGCGGGCAGAAUUAUGCUAGUACAACUGCCACUGGAAAUCUUGGAAGACACCUGAGUAAUCGCCACCCAGGAUAUGAUAAGUCGGGGGACAACUCCGUGACUUCUGUCAGUACAGCUGUUUCAGCCCAUCAACCCGUUGUCACUGUAAAGAGAGGUCAAUCUCAAGGAAAAUCAUCCACUCAGGUGGAUUAUGAUCACUUGAACUGGUUUAUUAUUAGGUGGCUCGUUUUAUCUUCUCUUCCUCCCUCAACUUUGGAUGAAAAAUGGAUAGUAAAUUCGUACAAAUUUCUGAAUCCCUCGGUAGAUCUCUGGUCGAGCGACAGAUACAAAGCAGUAUUUCGGGAAGUCUUCAGGAGUAUGCAGGAAGAUGUGAAGGCAUCUUUGGAACAAAUUCUUUCUAAGGUUUCGAUCACGCUUGAUUUCUGGACUUCAUACGAAAAGAUUCUUUACAUGAGUGUGACUUGCCAAUGGAUUGAUGACAACUGGUCCUUUCAAAGGAUGCUUCUUGAUAUUUGCCAUAUACCUCAUCCUUGCGGGGGUACUGAGAUCUAUCAUUCCCUUGUAAAGGUUCUUAAAUCCUUCAAUCUUGAAGGUAGGGUCCUGUCCUGCACCCAUGAUAACAGCCAAUAUGGGAUGCAUGCUUGCCAUGGUCUGAAAGAGGACUUCGAUGGUCGGAAAGUGGGGCCCUUCUGUUACAUGCCCUGUGCUGCUCGUACUCUAAACAUGAUUAUUGAUGAUGGACUUAAGACAACAAAGCCUGUAAUAUCCAAGGUCCGAGAGUUUGCCCUCGAGCUAAAUGCGUCUUCUGAGAUCUCAGAGGACUUCAUUCAGCUGGCAACUGCAUAUCAAGAGGGGAGCUGGAAAUUACCGCUUGAUACAUCAACACGGUGGAGCGGCAGUUACCUGACGCUUGACAUUGUUCGCAAGGCUAGCAAGUCUAUGGAUGGCGUGAUCAGAAAGCACGAGGGAGUGCUAGGCAGUAGGUUGAUGCUAAGUUCCGCAGAGAAGAAUGCAGUCAGUAUUGUGCACUCAUACUUAGAGCCCUUCUACAAGACCACCAACAACAUCUGCGCGAACAAGUUCCCGACAGUCGGGCUGGUCCUCUUCUUCAUGGACCACAUCGCUGAGAUGAUCUCUGCCUGUAGAGACUCCCGCCACAGUCCUGAUUGGCUCAAGAAUGCUGCAGAAGACAUGUCCAAGAAGGUUAGGGUUUACAACAACCAAGUCUGCAACAUAUUCACAUACAUGACUGCAGUUCUGGACCCUCGAAUCAAGAGUGAGCUCAUCCCCGAGAGUCUCAACUUGGACAACUAUCUUGAAGAAGCCAGAGCUCAUUUUGUUAGAAAUUAUGCUUCUAACCAUUUCCCAUCAGUGAAUAGUGGGUUUGGUCCUCAGGAGAUCGCGGACUGUGGGAGUGUUUCGUUCGCGGAGGAAAUAGCCCGAAAGAAACGCAGAGGGAACAUGAGCAGUGCCACUGAUGAGCUGACUCAGUAUCUCUCAGAACCCCCAGCACCAAUGCCGAGUGAUGUGCUCGAAUGGUGGAAGAUCAAUAGCACUCGGUACCCUCGGCUUUCUCUAAUGGCCCGGGAUUUCUUGCCUGUUCAAGCAACCUCAGUUGCACCUGAAGAGCUUUUCUGCAGUAAAGGCGAUGAGGUCGAUAAGCGGAGGUUUUCUAUGCCACACGAUAGCACACAAGCUCUCUUGUGUGUAAAAUCCUGGACUGAAUGCGGUAUGAGGUUGAAGUACAAAUCAACCGAGAUAGACUAUGACAGGCUAAUGGAGAUGGCAGCCACUGCUGCGGCAGGUAACAGCAGCUCAGGUUUAGACAAGAAAGGCAAAUGAUGAUUAGGAAAUGGCAUAUUUUGCUGGGGCAAAGAUCAAUCUUAGGUUGUAUGCUGUAAUUAUUCUAAACUAUGCGACGUGUCUUGUCAUGUUCAGCGGUGAUUGCCGCGAUGUAUGUAUGGGAAGAAAAUCGUGUAGGGGAACUUGGGGAUCGAGUUAUCUCUUGUACAGAUUUCUUACCAGAAAAGAGGAGAAAAUCGACAGCAAACAUGGGCCCAACCUUUUAGUGGGUGCA